GACGCAGGAGGCAGGAAGCGCGCUAGUAUCGAGGCGCGCGGCGGAGAACCGAAGUUGGGCGGCUUUCCUCUCAGCACGUGGAGGCGAACGGGGAACGAGGGCCUCUCUCUCCUCUAUCCUCAGCACCAUGGCAGAACAGGACGUGGAAAAUGAGCUUCUGGAUUACGAGGAAGAUGAAGAGCCCCAGGCUCCUCCAGAGAGCACUCCAGCUCCCCCUAAGAAAGAUGUCAAGGGAUCCUACGUUUCCAUCCACAGCUCUGGCUUCCGGGACUUUCUGUUGAAGCCGGAGCUCCUGAGGGCCAUCGUGGACUGUGGCUUUGAGCAUCCAUCUGAGGUUCAGCACGAGUGCAUUCCCCAGGCCAUCCUGGGCAUGGACGUCCUGUGCCAGGCCAAGUCCGGGAUGGGCAAGACGGCGGUGUUCGUGCUGGCCACCCUGCAGCAGAUCGAGCCCGUCAACGGACAGGUGGCAGUUCUGGCCAUGUGCCACACAAGGGAGCUGGCCUUCCAGAUCAACAAGGAGUACGAGCGCUUCUCCAAGUACAUGCCCAGCGUCAGGGUGUCUGUGUUCUUCGGUGGUCUCUGCAUUAAGAAGGAUGAAGAGGUGUUAAAGAAGAACUGUCCCCAUGUCGUGGUGGGGACCCCAGGCCGGAUCCUGGCACUGGUGCGGAACAGGAGCCUCAACCUGAAGAACGUGAAGCGCUUUGUGCUGGACGAGUGUGACAAGAUGCUGGAGCAGCUGGACAUGCAGCGGGACGUGCAGGAGAUCUUCCGCCUGACGCCCCAUGAGAAGCAGUGCAUGAUGUUCAGCACCACCCUGAGCAAGGAGAUCCGCCCCGUCUGCAGGAAGUUCAUGCAGGAUCCCAUGGAGGUAUUUGUGGAUGACGAGACCAAGCUCACGCUGCACGGGCUGCAGCAGUACUACGUCAAGCUCAAGGACAGCGAGAAGAACCGCAAGCUCUUUGAUCUGCUGGACGUGCUAGAGUUUAACCAGGUGGUCAUCUUCGUCAAGUCAGUGCAGCGCUGCAUGGCCCUGGCCCAGCUCCUCGUGGAGCAGAACUUCCCGGCCAUCGCCAUCCACCGCGGCAUGGCCCAGGAGGAGCGCCUGUCACGCUAUCAGCAGUUCAAGGAUUUCCAGCGGCGGAUCCUGGUGGCCACCAAUCUGUUUGGCCGGGGGAUGGAUAUUGAGCGAGUCAACAUCGUCUUCAACUAUGAUAAGCCCAAGGACUCAGACACCUACCUGCACCGGGUGGCCCGUGCAGGUCGCUUUGGCACCAAAGGCCUGGCCAUCACUUUUGUGUCUGACGAGAACGAUGCCAAAAUCCUCAGUGACGUCCAGGACCAGUUUGAAGUGAAUGUGGCAGAACUUCCAGAGGAAAUUGACAUUUCCACAUACAUUGAGCAGAGCCGGUAACCACCUGCCUCCACGGCCUGCAGCCGCCCACGUGUUGCUUCAUGUCUUCUUUCUAGGCGCCAGAUGGGCCUCUUUCUGUUUUUUGUUCAAAAGCUGUAGAUUUGUGUAAGAAUAAAUAUGUAUUAUGGAAAAAAAAAAAAA